GUGAUGGUUUUUCAAUCUUUUAUACUAGGUAAUCUAGUAUCCUUAUGCAUGAAGAUAAUAAAUUCGGUCGUUGUGGUCGGACUCUAUUAUGGAUUUCUGACCACAUUUUCCAUAGGGCCCUCUUAUCUCUUCCUUCUCCGAGCUCGGGUUAUGGACGAAGGAGAAGAAGGAACCGAGAAGAAAGUAUCAGCAACAACAGGUUUUAUUGCGGGACAGCUCAUGAUGUUCAUAUCGAUCUAUUAUGCGCCUCUGCAUUUAGCAUUGGGUAGACCUCAUACAAUAACUGUCCUAGCUCUACCGUAUCUUUUGUUUCAUUUCUUCUGGAACAAUCACAAACACUUUUUUGAUUAUGGAUCUACUACCAGAAAUGAAAUGCGUAAUCUUCGCAUUCAAUGUGUAUUCCUGAAUAAUCUCAUUUUUCAAUUAUUCAACCAUUUCAUUUUACCAAGUUCAAUGUUAGCCAGAUUAGUCAACAUUUAUAUGUUUCGAUGCAACAACAAGAUGUUAUUUGUAACAAGUAGUUUUGUUGGUUGGUUAAUUGGUCACAUUUUAUUCAUGAAAUGGGUUGGAUUGGUAUUAGUCUGGAUACAGCAAAAUAAUUCUAUUAGGUCUAAUGUAGUUAUUAGAUCUAAUAAGUAUAAGUUCCUUGUGUCAGAAUUGAGAAAUUCUAUGGCUCGAAUCUUUAGUAUUCUCUUAUUUAUUACCUGUGUCUACUAUUUAGGCAGAAUACCAUCACCCAUUUUUACUAAGAAACUUAAAGGAACCUCAGAAACGGGUGGGACUAAACAGGACCAAGAGGUAUCCACCGAAGAAGCUCCUUUUCCUUCUCUUUUUUCGGAAGAAGGGGAAGAUCUGGACAAAAUCGAUGAAAUGGAAGAAAUCCGAGUGAAUGGAAAAGACAAAAUUAAUAAGGAUGAUGAAUUCCACGUUCGAACAUACUAUAACUAUAAAACUGUUUCUGAAAAUCUAUAUGGAAAUAAAGAAAAUUCGAAUUUAGAAUUUUUCAAAAUAAAAAAAAAAGAGGAUCAUUAA